CCAAAUUCUACCUGCCCACAACAAAAUCUUUCUGACUCAAAGAAUCAAAUUUAAUGCAGCAUUAGUAUCUGUUUCGAGAAAUUUCAGGAGCAGGGAAGGGUUCAAGACCUGGAAAAAUGUCACAAGGACAAACACCACUGCAGAAACCACCUGGAUACAGAGAUAUCCCAGUCCAGAGGCUGCAGCCACCACCAGCACGAAAAGCCGCCGCCCUACCACCAUCAUUCUACCAAAAAAAGCGGCGGAACUGGUGCAGGAUGUGUUGUUGCUGCACUUGCAUAUCCCUUGUUUUGUUAAUCCUCUUGAUCAUUGCUGCUGCUGCCUUUUUCUAUGCCUGGUUUGAUCCAAAGCUGCCUGUUGUCCACCUUAAAACCAUCAAAUUCACCAAAUUCAAUGUAAUGAACACCGAUGCGGGACCCGCAUUGGAUGCGCAGUCGAGUCUCGACGUUGAGAUAAAGAACCCGAACAAACACUUCGAGAUGGAGUACGAUAAGACACGGAUGGUUUUGAAUGCUGGAAAUGGUGCAAAUUUGGGGGAACAAACUUUGCCUGGAUUCACACAAGAGAAAAACAACGUGACAACUUUGAAAUUUACAAUCAAGGCAAGUCAAGAACUUUUGGCCAAAAAAGAUGCUGAUAAGUUUAUAAAUGGAUUCAAGAACAAGAAUUUGGUGGUGAGUCCUGAGGUGAGGACAGGAAUUGGAUUGAAGGGGAAUGGAUGGAAAACUGGUACAGUUCAAGUGGAUGUGAUUUGUGCUGGCAUGACAUUGAAUCAGAUUCAGAACAGCGCUACACCCAAAUGCCGCAUUAAGUUGCUAGACUGGGUAUAUGUAAAUUGAACGAUUAUUUCUCAAAUCAUAUCGAUCUUCAUAAGGAAUGCUUAUCAGUAACAUAGAUUGGCAGAUCUGCAGGAGUCGGAGGAAGGCCUAAAGUUGCUAUUGGACAACAUUAAACAACUCGUUUAUCAUAUUCAUACACACACAUAACAAUGACACACUACAAUUUAUUACAAGUUAAUUAGUAUUACAAUGACACGCUAUAUUGUCUUGUCUAUUGUUGCACAACAAAUCUAUAACAGUUUAUAUACAUGUAUAGUUAGUUUGAUACGUUGAACUCGAGAGUA